UAAUUUAAUGAUUAAAAAAAAUGACUAAUAGAGUAAUCAUGGCAGCUCUGAAAUCUUCAGUGACUUGAUCUUGUCUUGUAUUGUCACCGUGUAAAGUGUAUGAGUUUUGCUUCUCAAUAUGCAUCACUUGAAGUUUUUUUUUUUUUUUACAAUAAGUAAUUUCUUGGCUCAUUAAAGGGUAACAUCAUCAGACUGAAGAGCACAGUUUUAUUCUCCCUAGACUCGACUGUUCACUGCUGACAGCAUCUGUGUAAAUGUGAUGAUUUGCAGGACGUCUAACCUCCAGGACACCAUUAUUAUCGUACAAAUGAAAUCAGUCGAGCUCAGAAACUACAGGGGCUCUGACGUUACUCUAUGACAAGCAAAAUGUCUCUUGGGACAAAAUAAUGUACAAGUAUUUCCAGAAUACUUGACUUUAAGUGCUGAUUUUUUUUCUAUAAAUUGUCUAUUAAUUGUGCAGUUAUUGUAUAUAGAUAUUUCUUCCUCCAAGAACUGAUAAAAGUGAGAAGAAACACAUGGUUUACUGUUCAGUUACUUUUAUCUGACACAGAUUACACAUGUCCUUGGUUUCCCUCCAUUGCUGAUUUUCAACCUUUGUACCUCAGACAGUUUUGUGUUUUACCAGCCCUCAGCUGUUACAGACAUGCUCUCUCUGUCAGUACGCCAAGUAUUACGGCCCCUCUUCUCCAGGGUUUCGGGAUGUGUGGGCCCAGAGGUGCAGUGGAGGACAGAUGUGUCCAGGCGGGGACUCAGUGGGGGUUGGACCGGACAGGAGACUUUGGAGCAGGAUGACCCUGAGAUGUGGAGGCUCCUUAAGCAGGAGAAGGACAGGCAGUGCAGAGGUCUGGAGCUCAUCGCAUCAGAGAACUUCUGUAGCCGUGCAGCGCUCGAGGCCCAGGGCUCCUGUCUGAACAACAAAUAUUCAGAGGGAUACCCAGGACAAAGGUACUAUGGAGGUGCAGAGAUCGUGGACCAGAUUGAGCUGCUGUGUCAAAAACGGGCACUCUCUGUCUUUGAUCUGGACCCAAACCUCUGGGGUGUCAACGUUCAGCCGUACUCUGGAUCCCCCGCUAACUUUGCAGCGUAUACUUCUGUUCUACAGCCGCAUGACCGCAUUAUGGGCCUGGAUUUACCAGAUGGAGGACAUCUCACACACGGCUACAUGACAGACACCAAGAGGAUCUCAGCCACCUCCAUCUAUUUUGAGUCGAUGCCUUACAAGCUGGAUCCAAAAACAGGUCUGAUAGAUUAUGAGCAGCUGGAGAAGACAGCUCGUCUUUUCAGACCCAGGCUCAUCAUCGCUGGAACCAGUGCGUAUGCUCGCCUCAUCGAUUAUUCACGCAUGAAAAAGCUUUGUGUGGAGCUGAAUGCAUACCUGUUGGCAGACAUGGCUCAUAUCAGUGGCCUAGUGGCUGCUGGAGCUAUUCCUUCUCCAUUCGAUUACGCAGACCUGGUCACAUCCACCACCCAUAAGUCCUUACGUGGAGCCAGGGCCGGUCUGAUAUUCUUCCGGAAAGGUGUGCGAUCUGUGGAUAAGAAAGGUCGGGAGGUGACCUAUGACCUCCAGGACCGGGUGAACUUUGCUGUUUUCCCCUCACUUCAGGGAGGACCUCACAACCACGCCAUAGCUGGAGUUUCUGUUGCCCUCAAACAGGCGUCCACUCCCAUGUUCAAAGAGUACAUCGCUCAAGUGCUGCUGAAUGCUAAAACCAUGGCUGAUGCUCUGCUAAAGAAAGGCUACACACUGGUGUCAGGGGGAACUGACAACCACCUUGUCCUGGUUGACCUUAGACCACGAGGGAUGGACGGAGCUCGAGCUGAGAGGGUCCUGGAGCUGGUGUCCAUCACAGCCAACAAAAACACCUGCCCAGGAGACAAGAGCGCCCUGACUCCAGGAGGAAUGAGACUGGGAACUCCUGCUUUAACAUCCAGACAGUUCAAGGAGGGAGACUUUGAGAAGGUUGUGGAUUUCAUUGAUGAGGGGAUUCAGAUUGCGCUGGAUGUGAAGAAGAAGACCGGAAAUCUUGCCAGCUUCAAAACCUUCCUGCUGGAGGAUCGGGAGACCGUGUCUCGCAUCGCAAACCUCCGCCAGCGGGUGGAGCUAUUUGCCAGGCCCUUCCCCAUGCCAGGAUUCACUGACCACUGAUGACCACAGACCGUGGAGGCAGGUUCCCACUGGGCCAAUGCCACAGAAACAAGCAUCAGUCCAGAAGUAGACCAGGUUAAAACUUAGUCACGUGUAGACUCCCUGAUCAUCUGUGCUCACAGUGAGAUUUAAGUGUGUAAACUUACACAAAACAAAGUCCCAUAUGUCUACGCAACUUUACCAAAGACAAAAAACAUAGUAUUUAAUUUAUGAUAGGAGACAUCAAUACAGGAGGAUGAGGUCUACUUAAACAAUUCCAUAAAAAAAAACAAAAAAAAAAAACUAAACAUCUUCAAUUUCUAAUUCAAGGAGGGCCACCACUUCAUCUUAAGAAUAGUGUACGCUUAUGAACUAAUUAUAAAUUAUUUAGAAUUAGGUUGUUUACUAGGCUGCAAACACUUUACAAACUACUAAUAAAGUUUUCAGAUUUUCAAAGAUGGUUUCAAUGGUGGUCAUGUGGUUUCAAGAUCAGCGAUUAAGUCAUCUUUUAAAAUUUAGUGUAUACCAUUAUAUCGGUUGUAAGAGACACACAUGAACCUGAUGACUGUUUUCACAGCCACUGACAACAUUAUACUUAACACACAACCACAAGUAGAGCUCCAUGUUUAUUUUAGACUCAUAAAACAUUAGCACACAUUAGCUUAACACAACACUGUUACUAAGCCACUCAUUUAGCUCAAAUUACUCCCAUCUUGAACACAACACUCUUAGCCUUUUAAAAUGAUAUGUCUUCAUUGUUGUAGUCAUUCCACAAAUUAUAAUUGCAAUUUAACGGGACAGUUAGCAUGCUAACCACUAGCAUGCUAACUAAAGGUAACCAUGAUAGAGUCAAUGCCACAAUUGUCCUUGUUGUCUUGUGGGUUGUAACAUCUUAUUAAUAUUUAGAAAGUGUUUACAAUAUAAUUAACAGCCUUUAUAAAUGAUAAACCAUUUGCAUAUUAAUUUUUGCACAGGUAGCUACCCUUAUUGUAAAGUGGUAGGCCAUGCUAACAUGCUAAUUUACCAGUGCGGUCCAUUACUUUGUAAUGAUUAUUUGUAUUUUCAUAUUCUUUAAAGCUAUUGUAUAAUCAUAUAAAAUGGAUUUACUAGAUUUUUAUUUACUUGAUUAUGUUUCUUUCCACUCAGAUGAACUAAGAAAUUUCUGUGUCAUCAUGAUGUAUAUUAUUAUUGUAAAUAAACCAAUCACUGCAUCUGCUCUUCUUAUAGAUAUUUUUCCCAUGUUGCUUGUUACCCUAAGUCAAGGGAGGCUUUUGUAUUAUUCACCACUAAUCCACUUUCAGAGCUCUUAUCCACAUUGGACUUUGUACUGGUCCUGGGAAACCUGCAGUUGUUGUGUUGGCAUAUUCAAGCAAUCUUUGAAACUUAACCUUUAUUUGUAGAUCAUACUUAUGUACCUGAAUUCUGAUUUGGGAUUUCUAAUUUCAUAUCAUAAAACAUGGCUAUUGUGAAAGAUUUAUGAAUAAAGUACCUUGUAUAUACUGUAAACAGCUGAUCUU